AUGGCGCGAGACGACGCAGCCGACGCAGCUACUGCGACGGCCCACAUAGAACAGGGCAUCGCCACGCCAACAUUGAUAUCCCCGCCAGAGUCCAAAACGCCGCCCACGGCUACCCACAAGCGCAAUCAGGCUGUCUUCGAAAACAACGCACACGACCGGAACUCGGAGCCAGUCGAUGCGUCUGCCCUGUCAAAGGCGCUUGAGCAGUUUGAGCAGGCCGGCCGCGUGCGCGAGCGGACACCAACAGCGAGCCCAAGCCGAAAGCGCCCGCGGAUAUAUGGCGAUAGGUUCAUCCCGAAUCGCGCGGGUCAAGAUCUCCAGGCGAGCUUCAACCUCCUCCAUGACGAUGGCUCGCCAGCUACCCCCUCCAAGGCUAGGCGCACACCCCACAAUGAGCUACACUUCCAGAAGACCGAAGAAGCAAACCGGACGUAUUCCGCCGUGCUCCGCCAGGAGAUGUUCGAACGCUCAGUUCCACAGGCCUUUCCGCAGAGUUUGUCACCAACUGACAGUGCCAAUAUGCGGGGUGCAGGCCGCUCACAUACUCCUCCAGCUAGAACCACUGGCUCAUUGCCUCCUCCGUCUCUGACGCCUUCAACCCCACACAAGAAUCUGUUCUCAUACGCAGGCCAGCCAACACCAUCGCGGACGCCCUCAAGCCGGCAGGGCAUACUCAACCUCAAUACCCGCUCAGAUCUCUACAGCCUUUCGCCAAUCAAGUACAGUAGUCAGCGCAUGCUGCUCAGCCCUCAGCGCGCACCUCGAGCUGUAUCCAAAGUACCCUACAAGGUCCUCGAUGCGCCAGAUCUUGCCGACGACUUCUACCUCAACCUCGUCGACUGGGGCAGUCAAAACACGCUCGGCGUCGGGCUUGGAUCGUGUGUCUACAUGUGGAACUCGAGCAGCGGCCGCGUGACUAAGCUAUGCGAAUUGGCUGAUGACUCUGUCACAAGUGUCAACUGGAUACAACGCGGUUCGCACAUUGCAAUUGGUACCAAUCGAGGUCAAGUACAGAUCUGGGACGCGCAGACGCAGCGCCGUCUUCGUACCAUGAUGGGCCACACGGCUCGUGUUGGUGCCCUUGCUUGGAACGAGCACAUCCUGACUUCAGGCUCAAGGGAUCGCACCAUCUAUCAUCGCGAUGUUCGACAACCAGACCAGUGGCUUCGUAAGCUGGUAGGACACAAGCAGGAGAUUUGUGGUCUCAAGUGGAACCACGAGGACCAGCAGCUCGCUUCUGGAGGCAACGACAACAAGCUCAUGGUUUGGGAGAAGCUCAACGCCGAGCCUACCUUCAAGUGGAGUGAACACCAAGCUGCCGUAAAAGCCAUUGCUUGGAGUCCACACCAGCGAGGCCUUCUCGCUAGCGGCGGUGGUACGGCAGACCGAACCAUCAAAUUCUGGAACACUCUCAUUUCCUCCAACGGCCCUUCGGCUUCCUCCCUUGCUGCCGCGUCGGCUGCCGCGUCUGCAUCGAGUUCCGCCAACGUACCCAUCUCACCUACCGCGCCAGCCAACCUCAUCAACAGCCUCGACACUGGCAGCCAAGUAUGCAACCUUGCCUGGUCAAAGAACAGCAACGAGAUUGUCUCAACGCACGGGUACAGCCAAAAUCAAAUCAUCGUCUGGAAGUACCCCAGCAUGCAGCAAGUUGUUUCGUUGACUGGCCACACGUACCGAGUACUCUACCUUGCCAUGAGUCCAGACGGCCAAGUCAUCGUCACUGGCGCCGGCGACGAAACCCUUCGUUUCUGGAACGCUUUCAAGAAGAAGGAACGGACGGGUGGCCUCAGCAGCAUGGACAGCUGGGGUGUUAUUCGCUAG